UGCACUUGAAAACGUUUUAUUAAAAAAUUUGUGGCCCAGGCUUUUGCACAACAUGAAUUUUGCAGCAGGAUUGCCAACAACUACCGGUAGCGAAAGCGUAAACCCGGCUGGUUUGAAUGUGCGGCUUAGAGAGCAUAUAACACGACUAUUCCGUGGCGUCAAUCAAAACACCGCUAUUGCACUUUACGGUUUUCUUGACAACUGGACCGCCAUUAGCGAGCAAAGAAACCUAUUGAUCAGCUUGAUGGAAUCUGGAAAAGAUCAGGAAUUUAUAAGCUAUGCUGCUGUAUUAAUUUCUGGCGAAAUGGCAUCGAAAAGUCUUACAAGUGACGCUCUACUUCGAGUCCCGUUCAAGCGGAGCCACCAAGAUGCAGUAUUACUAAAAAGGAGCGAGCUCUCUUCCGCCAGCCCUAACAUGUCUCAAUCGAUCCGCAAACAUGACCUGCAACUCACCAUGGCCAAAACCAAGUCAAAAACCACGUUCACUAUCGCCGUCGUUGGCCGAGAAGGCGUUGGAAAGUCCCUUCUGAUCGACAAUCUGCUUAUACUCCACGGACGAACGCAUCCUGGAAACGUGCAACAAGCGUCCGGUGAUGUGUUACAGUAUCAACUGGCUGAAGACUUGUUUGUGACAAAACUUCCAUCGAUUGGACAAGCCAGUUGUCCCAUCAAGGAGUUUUGCGAUGCUUAUCAGAUAGGUGGGUAUGACCUGGUCAUACUGAUUGUCGGCAACCGCUUUCGAGAACAUGAUCAGGAAAUAAUCCACAUGGUCAGUAAGCCACCGCAUCCACUGCCAUUGAUUGUCCUUAGCCACGCUGCACCUGCCACUAAGUCCAUACUGACCAGUAGGAAGCCGAGCACCGGUGUGGAUGGAGAAAUUAAUGCGUACUUAAACAGAAACUUGUAUAGCAACGUCAACGCUUUCUUGCUCACGGCCGGCACAGAGCUGGCUAAUCGCAGCAGUUGGGAACACGAUGAGCAACUGUUUCUGGACAGGAUGAAUAUGUAUUAUGAGCGCUUUCGUACAAACCAGGCUUGGUGAACUGAAAAAGCUGACCCAGCUUAAAAAAAGGUUUUGCCAUUUAAAAUAAUACGCACCUGCGAACUUUCGAUAACGUUUGAGAGUUCAGCGAAUAGUGCACUUUGGUCAUCUGUGCGGUAAUGAAUAGCUGGUGUUUAUUCCUGUUCCAGUUUUGAUAACGGUAGUUUGAAAUUCGAAAUUAGUAGUUAAGUAUCUGAAGGACAAAGGGUCAAAUGCAAUCGUGUUUAACGUUAAUAUCACGGUGAGAGUCUGCUUGUUAGGUGUACAACUAGCGAUUUGUUUUGUGCAGAUAUUGUACAUGACA